AUGGGUGGGAUCUCCUUGUCUCUAGAGCAGCGGCUCCGGGGGAUCGGCAUCGCCAUGCAAGCGAUUGGCAACCAGGAGGUGCAUCGCAGGUAUUGGACAGUCGACUUCAACACGCACUCGGUGAGCUUAGAUGUCGAGUUUGGCUUGCAUAUGUUCGAAUGGCACCCACCCGGCGUGCCACUGGCCCUCCGGCACUGUCGCCCGGGCACGGUGGAGAUCUUCCUGGUAAAGGGGGCGGCGCCAGGAUGCCGGGCGCAGCCGGCCGAGUCGGGCCAGGGCGGACAUGUCGACGAGGGGGGGCAUAGGUGGCUGCGGCGCAAGCUGGCGCAGGUAGCGGCCCUGGAACGACGGAUGCCGCGCGGGGGGGUCACGCCCAAUGCGGCUCAGCAACGGCAUCUGGCAUUUGGCCCGGAGCUGCGCGCGCGAGCCGCGACCGAGGCGAGGCAGCGCGGGGGUCUCACUCUCAGGGACCUCGAGGUCAUAGCUGGUGAUUGGGAGUGCCCCAACCCGCUUUGUGGCAGACUCAAUCCCGCUCGCGCGGACAGGAAGCCCAGGAUCGGCGACGAGGGCCGGGGUCAGACCGACGCCGCGACCGACGCCAGCAACGACAACCGACUCCAGCACCACGACAGACUACAGCGGCACCGAGGCGAGGGACUGGCGGAGGCGGCGGAGGCGGCUGCGGAGGCGGCGGAGGCGGCGGAAGCGGCGGAGGCGGCGGAGGCGGCGGAGGCGGCGGGGGCGGCGGAGGCGGCUGCGGAGGCGGCUGCGGAGGCGGCGGAGGCGGCGGAGGCGGCUGCGGAGGCGGCGGAGGCGGCGGAAGCGGCGGAGGCGGCGGAGGCGGCGGAGGCGGCGGAGGCGGCGGAGGCGGCUGCGGAGGCGGCGGAGGCGGCGGAGACAGCGGAGGCAAUCCCG